AUGGUAGCCGUGGCCGCCGGCUUCUUUGUGACCGCCGGCAUUCUAGAGGCCCUCAUCUCGACUGGGUGGUUUGACUCGGCGCUGAUUGUGUACCCAACCCCCGGCGGCAAGCCAAAGAGCAGAGCAGAGGGCGUGGCAGAAGUGCAGCUGUGGCGGUCGACGGUCACCGUGGCCGGGCCGGCCACCAUUGCCAACGGGCUGGCCAUGGUGCUCGUGAUGACAUCAUCGUACGGCUGGGGCCCGGUCGCGUCUUGGUGGGCGGCGACGCCGCUGCACUUUGCGGCGCAGUUUGCAGUCAUGCUGUUCGUCAACGACUUUGGGCUCUACUGGGGCCACCGCAUACAGCACGAGUCCGCCUUCCUCUGGCGCUUCCACCGCGCGCACCACCGCAUCGCGACGCCCACGCCUGUGUCCGUCAUGUGCAUUGCCCAGCUGGACGCCACGCUCCAGGGCGGGCUCCCCAUGGCGCUCGCGGCCGCGGCGGCGCGGCCGUGCCCGGCGGCGCUGUGCGCGUUCUUCUUCUACAGGGUGGCCGAGAACACGCUCAACCACUCGGGGCUGGACAGCCGCCUGCUGGACGCGCUGUGCCUCAAGGCGCUGCCCUUCCGGGCGCCGGCGGCGUUCCACGACGCCCACCACAGGUACUCCAACCACGCGCACAACGCCAAAAACUACGCCGAGUCUUUCUGGAUAUUUGACUGGGCGUUCGGGACCCUCAGCCCACUGGUGGGCAAGCCCCAGGGUCGGGCCUCGAAGCAGGCGUGA